AGUAUGACAACAAUGGGAAAGGAGGCCAGUCUGGAUGGAUUAGAAUUUGACGGAGAUACCGUCUUGUGCCGUGUUUGUGGUGACAAAGCAAGUGGUUUUCAUUAUGGAGUACACGCCUGUGAAGGCUGCAAGGGAUUUUUCCGACGCAGCAUCCAACAGAAGAUACAGUACCGUCCAUGUUUAAAGAACCAGCAAUGCAAUAUAAUGCGAGUGAAUCGGAACAGAUGCCAAUAUUGUCGUUUAAAAAAGUGCAUUGCUGUCGGGAUGUCUCGAGAUGCUGUGCGGUUUGGCCGGGUUCCCAAAAAGGAAAAGGCACGAAUCAUCGAACAGAUGCAGAAAAUGAAUUCACAGACUCCUACACAUCAACUUAGUGGUGUCCUUCAGAAUCCACUAGACCUUGUACAGCAUGUGAUAAACGCACACAGACAGACGUGUGCCUUCACACUUGACCGUGUAAAGACCAUGCGCCAGGCAGCAUUGCAGACGGGCGAGUUUGUCAACUGUCCUGCUCAAAUGGCUUGUCCACUCAAUGUUAACCUUGCUACAGAUCCUAAUGACAACUGCUGGGAAGAGUUCUCAGAAUUUUUUUCACCAGCCAUUAAGUCAGUUGUUGAUUUUGCCAAAGCCAUUCCAGGGUUUGCCCUUUUGAAUUCAGAUGACCAAGUUACAUUGCUCAAGGCAUCAACAUUUGAGGUGCUUCUGGUGCGAUUUGCUGCCCUGUUUGAUCCUGAUACAAACACCAUGUUGUUCACAUGUGGCAAACUAUUCAAACGACAUCCAUCUACAGUGACCACUAGUGCUGGUUUUCUGCUAGAUUCUAUGUUUGACUUUGCGGAGCGUUUCAACAAGCUCAACUUGACAGAUGAUGAGAUUGCCCUGUUUUCUGCUGUUGUUCUCUUAUCUCCAGACCGCCCUGGGCUAAGGAACCUGGAGCAGAUUGAGAAGAUUCAGACAAAGUUAACAGAAAGCCUGCAGACCAUCAUCAACACUAACCACAUGCACGACAACACAUUGUUUGCCAAACUACUGAUGAAAACCACAGAUCUGCGUACCCUUAACACUCUCCACUCUGAGAAAUCUCUGGGUCAGGCAUGCCAGGGUGUUGACGGAACAGAGAGUGACCCUAUGGAUUUAAAAGCUAACCUACAGGAGGCUAUUGAUUCCAGAUCUGAGGGUUCUUCACCAUCCGAGCCAUCAUUAAGUGCCCCAGGUUAUGAGCCGUCAGUGGAGAUCAGUGGGGCCCCAGUCUUGCCUCUUCGUGGUCCUGCCGACAUGCAGGGACAUCAACAGCAGGUUGUGCUCAAAACACCAUACGGAACCUUCUACCGUGAAGAGAGUUUCUAUGGGCUUGUUCCGGAUCCUCCUCGACGCCGCUGUCACACCCUUGAUCGGGAAACUGUAUCACGGCCUCGGUUACAUACCAUUGAGGAGGGAAGUAGACGAAGAAACACUUUAGAUAGAGACUAUAUAAAUAAAAUGGUAAACAAAUUGAGUGAUAAGUUAGAGAAACGAGCUGCCAUACACGGGGAUAGCAUGCCACCGUCCAUCUGUAACAGUGCUGCCAGUAGUCCUAUUCCCGAGGAGUAUCAACAUUAUCUAAAUCGUAACCAUGAGUUUAUACCCAUAUCAACGCCUGCUGAUUCAAGUGCUUGUAGCUCUCGGGCAAGUCCACAGAUGAAUCGUGACAUGCUCUUGUCGCGGGACACAGUAAUGAACCGUGACACACUACUUCCUUACGGUUCAUCACCAAGUUCUCCAAACCCUCGUUCUCGCUCAGGUUCAAUGGGUGCGGAUGACUUUGGUAAUCGCAGACGCUGUUACAGUUUCCACAUGAAUAGUGAGGGUAGAGCAUCACGUGGGAACACACAGCAGCAGCAAAUGCCUGUUAAUUACCAACAGGAUCAAGACAGGCUCUCAUCAGAAGACUUCAACACCACAUUGAUGCCAGACAUGAGACGAGGAAGUAUUGGAGCUUCCUACAAUCUCCAUGCAAGGAAGAAGUCCCUUUUAGUUGACCGCCACCCUGCGUACUUGUCACGACUCUCUGACUCGAUAAAGAAAAAGACUGAACAACAUCACUUGAUGGCUGAUCUGACAUCCUCUACACAGGCUGUUCACAUGGGUGCUGACAACAGUGCAUUUGACAAUGUAUCAUCCAUCCGAAUCCCUGUCCCCUGUCGUCCACAACAGUGGCCUACACCGUCCAAGCCAGCAGAGCACUGCCAAGAGGAGUCCAAAGAGGCUGUUGAGGAGCCCACAUCACCGAUGGCUACUGAUCAGUGUGAAGAUGAGAACCCACCUGUUGAGGUGUUCCACAAGAAGUUCGACAAGAUGCGUAAACACAUGAUUCCAGCAACAGAUGAAGAUACUGAGUUUAAACAAACGAUCCAGAUUAGUAAUGAGGGAGCUGAACAGAAAACUGAAGCACUGCCGGCUAUUAUAAUAGAUGACAUGCCUAAACUUGACCUUCCCAACUCCCCCAAACUCCAGAAGCCAAAGCUCUCUGCAGGUGAAGCCCAUCCACAGCUUUUGGCCCAUCUGCAGUCCCCAAACAGGGCAGGGCUGGUAAAUAUGCCUCUACAGCUAGGAUCACAGGGACUACCAGCUCUCAAUAAUAAUGGACUGGCCGCAGCACUUGCCCGUCCACCAGACCUGGCUUCAGAGAUGCCGGGUAGGAGUAACCAAAAGGAACAGUUACAUGCCACAACAAUGUUUCACUUAAAGGACAAACUAAUGAGAAAAUAUGACAGUAUGGAAAACCUGCAAAAGAUAGGUCAAAAUCCAGGACAGUCCAUGGAAAAUGACAACAGUGCUGAAACUAAUUCAUCCACAGUAGAAUCUCCCCCAAAGUCAGGCUACCAGGGCCACAUGCCAAUCCAGGGGCAGGUCCCCUCCACAGGAGUGUUUGCCCCAGGAAUGUAUCCAAGUGCAAUGCACCCUGCCUUCAUAGGCGCUGCCUACUCGUCAAUGCAUUCUAUGAAUGUGAUGCCUGGAUACAACCAGCACUUGGCUGGCAUGCAACAGCUGGCGCAGUUUUAUGGGCAGAGUCCACAAGUAAGAUUUAGCCCUGAUGGUCAGCCCCUGAACCUUUCACAAGGACCCCAUGCAUCAGCAGCUGUGGGGACUUCCAGAGGUGCCCCUUCUCUCAGCCUUGAGCAAGCAGUGGAACGCAAGAUAAAGGAAGAAGUUAGCUCCUAG